AUGUCCUCUUUGGAGGUGAUUGCGGUCCACGAUAAACCGUCAAAAGAAACUUAUAGUUCUUCGAAGGAGGUAAUAGAGAUUACAUCCGAGGAAGAUGCAUCCUUCAAGAAAUCACCAGGGCCAACCACAUAUCCUUCUUCACCACAAUCUCUACGGAAAUCACUUCCAUCAGAGUAUAGUAUUCAGCAGCAAGAUAUAAUCGCUGAAAAUAAAUCCAUAGAGCUAGCUGCUAGUUUCCAGGAUGAUACGAAUAUAAGUGAAUCGAGCGAAGCUCUUGGGGUCGAGAGGACAGUCGGCAGCAGCAAUAAGAGAGUAGCCGCUCCUAAGUCAUCCUUAGCCAUCGAUUCAAGCCCACUUAAAAAUACUCAAAAAGAAAACGCAGCUCGCAUUUUAGAGGAGCUACUGAGUGAUGAACCUUAUUCUGAUACUAUCAGCUUCCAUAAGAAUUCCCGGUCUGAGUUCAAGGAGCCCUCAACACUCACUGCUAUAGGUGCAAAGUGGUCACAAGUACAGAUUGAACCAACCAAUGAUCAAAAAGCUCGUAAGAUAGAAAUUACAGGUUCUGAGCGAAGAGAAAUUCAGCCAAGAAGGACGUUGGCAAUCAAGCGAUCACACUCUUAUGACAAAUACGACUCCGAGGCUGAUAAGAGAUUAGAUAGGGACAAUUCAGUGAAUAAACCGGUUUCACUUCAAAACUCUAAAAAAGUGAGUCAGAUAUCUUUGCUAGUCAGCCGCGCUGUCCCUUCUGAGUCUACUGGAGAUAGCACAUAUACAGGUCCUGCCUCGAAAAAGCUACGUGGUAAUAUUCCUGGACCAAAAAGCCAAACGAUCAAUGAAGAUGAAGGUGUUGAUUUAGACUUGGCAGAAAUGGCAGAUGAAUCCUCGUAUUUGAACGACUCAAAGAAAUUCAUAGCACAAAACGACGGCCCUAAAUCUUCAACGGAAAAUCACAUGAAUUUCUGCAAAGCAUUCUCAACUAAUUCGACAGGAAUAGAAUCAUCCAGUAAAACCGUACCUGCAACUAAUUUAGAUAGCAGAACAGAACGCCACAAACAUAAAGCAUUACAGCGAUUCAUUGUUCAUGGCAAAACCUUCAGCAAAGAAGAAUCCUGGGCAGAAGCCAAAAAGUUCAUGAAAACAUCAACUACUAAAAAAGCAUUUAAUGCAGCUAACAAAAUUAUCAAAAAUGCAGACGCUCUCCGUGAAGAAAUUCUAAUUGACAUGGAUGAAGAGCUUUUAAAGGUUUUCGCCGAUGAAGGCAUAUCGCUAUCUACUGAAAUCAGCCCUACAAAAAUCAUUCAUGCUCAUACAGAUAAGCAUUUGAUAAAAUUCAGACGUAAUUGCAAUUCCAUUUGCGAUUACAACAGUGGCAUCUUUUAUCCUUGUAAGGAGAGAAUUGUGGAAGAAAAAGUGUCGCUUGUAUUUUAUGACUCGCUAGAGUUUUUCCACUCUUAUAAAAGGGAAAGCAGUACAAUAGUCAAUGAAUUCGAGCGGUUGAAAAGAAAAGAUAAGAAGAUUAUUUUAGUGCUUAAUAAAUAUAGCAGUUUGGAGAAGAGUCUUUCCAAUUUUGAGAAUCGGAAGUACAAAGAGAAAGUACAAAAUGAAUUAGAUAGUUCCUUGGGGGUAAAGCAGACCAAGCGGAGAUCAAAAAAAGAUUCUAUGCUAGAAGAAUUGCAAAUGUGUUCGAAAGAUUUGGAGUGUGAGGUUAGUGAUCUCGCCAUCCGCCUUGGAGUUCAUGUUUUCGCUUCAACAUCACAUCAAGAAUUUGUAAUCUGGCUUAAAAAUUUGAUUGCUGUUAUUGGCAGGACGCGAUAUGACCCUCUUGUGAAACAUUUAGAAUGGUCACAUAUCAAUGUAAAAUCUGGGCAAAAUCCGUCAGACGUUUUAUGCAAAACUCUGGAACAACUAAACAAGAUGACGAGAGCAAAAGCACAACGUGUUGUAUCUGUUUAUCCAAAAUUUCAGCUGCUAUUCGAGGAUUUCAACAAGGGCUUCUUGACUAGUGGAAAGGAUGGGAAUCCGCUUAUGAGCUCUGCGGCGGAAAGCGCCCUGCUGACACUUCUUACUUCUGAUAAUCCCGAAGAACUAAUAUAUAUCGAUUAG